AUGUCCCCAUUAUCUGGCUUCAGGCUGUCUCCCUCUGACGGCACAUUGGGAGAGGCAAUGAUCCGAGGUAGCGGCCAAGGAAGUUGGAGACAUGGCAGCAAGAUGACAGAUAACAGUCCUGUAUUGUUGACGAGACGAAUCAGCGAUCAGGAAGUCGCCUUUAGAGGGGCCGGUAAAAACUUGGGUUCCAAGGAGUCCACAGUAGAUGUCAGCAAGAGAAAGAAGCCGUCUCUGGAUCCAGUGGCUACUCUAACUCUCAUUACGUCCUCUCUCGAAGGUCCGGUGCCGACUUCCCGUGCCACUUCGCCUUCGCAAUGCCUGCGGGAUCCUUCCAAAAUGGAUUGUUCUACUGUUCACCCUAUUGACCGCAUCCCUCUAUGGCAUCUCGCACCGGGUGUUGGUGUACUUCACGGAAGCACCUCUGCCUCUAUCGGUAUUCGUCUAGGUGACUUCUCAGCCGUAAAUCUGGUAGGGGACAGUGGUCGAAUUGAAAAGGGAGAGGCGGACAAAAUGAUUAUGGAGCGAAUGAUGGGCGAUUUGGGGGUCAGGACAGAAGUAAUGGGUGUUGAUGAACUCAGAGCCACAGAUGGAAUCGGAAUCGACGCCAUUGGGUUCGUAGAAGAAAAUUUGGAGGCUUCGAGACUUCUGGAGAGGCCCGCAUCUCGACCUUCGAGUGCUGCACCCGUCUCGGUAGCUGGGGGUAGAACAGUACUUGGUGGGGAUGCUGAAGUUGGAAAAGAUACUACUCCUCUGGUCUUCUCUACCCCGCCAUGCCGAGAGCAGAAGAGCCUGCCGAGACGUUGGCAAUCGCAUUCCGCUGGCAGUCAGUCGUGGCCUGCCCCGGUCACCAGGCUUCCCGAAUGGAGAAAGGGCAGGAAGGAAAUGAUGGAAGACAUCCUGGACGAGAUGGGAGUGUUGGCAUACGAAGAAAGCUCGGCCCUCGUAGCUUCUGAGGGGUUCAACAAAGUCCCGACGAACACUGAGACCGGCCCGCAGAUCCACGCCGAUGAAGUCGAUUUGUUGAGUCUGUUGGAAUGCACACCAGCCAGAUAG